AUGAGCAGUGUGGAGGAUGAGGAUUGGGACGAGCUGGAAGGCGGUGAAGAGGAUGAUUUUGCCCUGACUGGUAUGCGGCAGCAUCUCAUGACGUUGCCCGACGAUAUCACAAAGGGAGUGUCUCCCGAGUCGUUCUCGGUUGAGAAGAAAAAUUUCGCCUUGCAGAUGCUGGCAAAUGAUCCAAAGACUUUGCUAGAUCAUCAACGAGAACUUGCAGAUUUAGUUAUCCGUCAUGCCAGCGAAGCGUUCACAGUAGCUUACGAAGCUACAAUGGGCGCUGGCAAAACCAUGUCAAUUCUGGCUUUGGCUGGCACCGUGCCCAAAACGGGGCGUAAGGUGUUGUAUGUCUGCCCGGAAGAACAGCGCUCGGUGAGACUGGAAGUAGCACGUCUACUUUUCAGCAGCAUGGCUGUUCACACGGAUGCCGGCUUUGUUUGGGCAGAGUUCCAAGGGGGAAAGCUACAGAUCCGGUACAGUGCCCAUGUAAUCUGGAAUCGGAUGCCUGCCCAUGUGGAGGAGGGGAGCUGUGCGGCACUGGAUUAUCAUGGGGUUGUUGUUGCUUCGACACGAGCGGCAGCAGCGAUUCUCGAAGCCCGCCCAGAUCUCGAUUUUCUCCUGUUCUUCGACGAGUUCCUCUCGGAAGCUGGUACUGUGGGAACCGGCCUCCAUGAGUCCGUGGGGCUUCUGAAGACCGUUUUGAUGGCCCCGACACCCCAGCUUGUGUUGUCAUCAGCCAGCAAGCACCUGGUUCCCUGGAAUGUGCUGGCAGGAGUUGCUGGUGAAGUUUAUCCGCACCACAACUGUCACAUGGCAAAUCACCCAGCACUCCUCUAG